AUGUCACUGAGGGAUGAAGAUUGUCUAUGCUCUUAUGGGGUUAAAUGCCUGUUUCAAAUCCAAUCCAAACAAAGGCAUUUGACCGGUCCAUCAAUUCCCCGUUAUCCUGACGGAGAGCUCCGUUAUCACGGUGGUGAGACACGCGUUCUGGCCGUUGACCGGUCCAUUGCCUUCUCUGAGCUGUUAAUGAAGCUUGGAGAGUUACGUGGAACCAAAGUGAGUGUUGUACGUUGUCAAUUGCCAAAAGAAGAUCUAGAUGCUCUACUAUCAAUCACCUGUGAUGAAGAUCUAGCUAAUUUAAUCGAGGAAUACAAUCGAGCUACCAAUCAAAAGAUCAGAGCCUUCCUUUCCAUCUCUAAAAAAAUAUCCUCUUCUUUUUCUUCAUCGUCAUCAUCAUCAUCUUCCUCAUCAUCGUCAUUAUCAGCUUCUAAUAGCUAUGCAGCUACUUCGUCAUCAACACCGAGAUGUUACCAUCAGAUGUCGAAGCCCGUACCUUAUCCUGUGAAGCAGGAGAUUAUUCAUCACCAUCCUAAUCCUCAAAAAAAAAAAAGAAAAAAAAUUAAUGAAUUGGGGACUGUAAAUCGUUAAGAUGGAUUUACGUUUUUUCUUUGGUCCGUGGAAAAUUAAUGAAUUUUCAGUCCAAUUUCCGAGUAUGGAUUCCAAGAAAAAAAACUUCUUGUUAUUGUGAUGGUGAGUUCUUUUCCCCCUUUUUGGAUUGUGAAGUCAUUUCUAUUUCCAGUUUUUCGGCUAGCACCGUCCAGCCAAAUUUCCAUUCGCGUGCAACAGCAGAUCAUUCUCUAUUGUCACUUGCCAGAUUCCUCCAUAGUUGCGUGCUACGUCGUCUUCUUCUUUAUUGAUCAUUGAUGGCUUAUGCUUCGCACAUUCUUCCGGGCCAUUAUUGUUAUAUAUCCACUUCCCCUUUCCUAAGCCUUAUCUUCUUAUGAUUUCGUCUCGUCAUUCGUUGUUCUUGUUUGUUUGUUUCUUUGUGUUUUAUUGUGUGUUAUCACUUUGUUUGAUUUAUUGAAAUAGAAACUGAAAUUGAAACUGAAAUGCCUUUG